AUGGCUUCCUCUACCCUACCAUACACCUCUUUUAGCGAUGGACAGAGACGUUGGAUCGUCGGUCUGGUCGCCUCUGCUGCUUGGUUCUCGACUUUGAGCAGUUUCAUUUACUACCCAAUCCUGCCACUCCUAGCAGACGAGUUGGACACAAGCAUCGAACAAAUAAAUCUUACAAUUACAUCGUAUCUAGCAAUAUCCGGUGUGGCGCCGUCCAUCACCGGAGAUGCAGCCGACAUGUUUGGUCGCCGUCCAGUAUACUUAGUCACGCUUGGCAUGUACCUUUUCGCCAACACCGGCAUGGCCAUUCAGAAGUCCUUUACAGCACUGUUGCUUCUGAGAAUGCUUCAAAGUGCAGGAAUAUCCGGGACCUUCUCGAUCGCGUAUGGAGUCGUUUCUGACCUAGCAACUCCUGCAGAAAGAGGCGCUUUUGUGGGAGCGCUGUCAUUGGGAAUCACCACUGCACCCAGCCUUGGUCCCCUCCUCGGGGGCGUGCUAGCUUUCCGUGCGGGAUGGGUAUUCUGGUUCCUCACGAUAACAUCUGCGGCCGUGCUUCUUGCCAUGGUAUUGAUCCUGCCAGAGACAGCUCGCACCGUCGUUGGAAAUGGUUCAAUUCCUCCACCGCUCUGGUCUCGGCCAUGGCUGCCUGCUGUCAUGCGUCCAUGGAACGGCAUGACCCCGCAAACCACCUCCUUGAUUUUUCGGAGGAAGACAGUUCCGAAUCCACUGAGGAGCUUGGAAAUUCUCUGUCGCUUGGACACGGCUGUAAGCAUCCUUGCUGGAAGCAUCAUUUACAUGGUUUAUUGCAGCUCUCAUGCCUCCUUAUCGACCGUCUUCAGCGCGAACUAUUCCCUGAAUCAACUCCAGACCGGGCUGGUCUAUCUUCCCUUUGGCUUGAGCAGUCUGGUUUCCACCGUAUUCUCUGGAAAGCUCAUCGACUACGACUACAAGACCGUGGCGAGACACCAUAAUUUGCCGAGGGAUCGCAUUGGUGGAGAUGACCUGCGAACGUUUCCCAUUGAAGAAGCGCGCCUUCGCAAUAUCUUCGUGCCUACACUGUUAGCGUGUGGCUCUAUGGUCGGUUAUGGAUGGGCAUCUCAAGAGCAAGCACACAUCUCCAUUCCUCUACUGCUACAGGCCGUUGCCGGCUUUUGUAUUCAGACAUGUUUCAAUUAUAACAACACACUCGUGAUCGAUAUUAAUCAUGAAGCUCCCGCUACCGCCCAAGCAUCUUUUAACAUGGUUCGGUGUGCGCUCUCGGCACUAAUGAUUGGGCUGUUACAAAGGAUGAUUGAUGCAACCGGCCUGGGCUUGACAUUCACGAUUUUGGGCGGAUCGUGCCUGGCAUCAGCCGGCCUCUAUCUACUCCAAUUGCGAAAGGGAAUGGAAUGGAGACAGAAACGCUAUGCACGGGCGGAGGUGGUGAUGGCAGAGCAAACGACGUCGAAUGCACAGAACCACACUACAGUAUUAUUGGAAGGAGCAAAGAGAGAAGUGUAG